AUGUCGCCAUCUAAUCUGCCGUGGAUCUCCGCGCUGGAAGAUGCCGCCGAGCAAUUCGAUGGCGGGCCUCGGAGCUUCCCCUUGGCCAGCGAGUCUAGCUUUGCCCACAGGCUCGCAUACGACCCGCCGAACCUGGACUACCAAAAGCUGUUCUGGAGCAGGGCGACCGUCUCAAACUCGCAGCGUAAUGCUCUACUCCGCCCGCACAGCGCAGGCUGGCUGGUUCCGGACGAGACGAGUGUCUGCAAGCCUGUCUUUGUCGCCCACUCUGUGCUGUCGGCGAUAUGGCUGUUGAGGGAGACGCUCGCCGAAAGCGCGUUGCCUGCUGAUACGUGGGCGCGGCUGGUCUCUGCAGCGCAGGACCUUGCCGACAGCGCGAGCGACAGCUUUCAAACGGAACCCCCUUCAGCGCAGCGGCCCCGCGACUCCCCACCGCGGUCGACAAAGCGCGCUGCUGCGUCGAGUUCGGCGCUGCUGUCGAAGCGUCUCCGGCUAGCCACCGAGCCUCUCAGCCCAACGACGCCGCAGCUGUCAAGGUCAAACGAGUCUGACGGGUUGGAGGAGCCUGAGCCUGAGGAGCCUGUCCGUGAACAGAUCAGCCAGGAGGAACCCGCCCAGAUCACGACCAUCACCAACAAAAAUCGCCGUGCUGAGCGAGAGCGCGCCAAGAAGCUG